AUGGAUUUCUACAAUUGUGAAGAUAUUAGAAUAGGAAAAAAAAUACUUACCAGCGAUCUAGAUGCAUUAAAUCUAGAAAAAGAUGAUAAAAUAAAGCCAAACAGUUCUGGAAACUCUAAAAAGGACAAGGUUAGUGAUUUAAUACUAACAGUAAAAACUAUUCUGAGCAACAAAAUUGAAAGCAAAUUGCCUCAGUAUGCUGCUCUCAACCUUUUUAAAAUUCCAAGCUCAAAAAAAGCUAAAUUUGAGUCAAUUCUUGACGAAAAGUUAAAAAAAUUAGAAGAACUAUUUAUUGAAGAAAGAAACAUCUUCCGAGAAAUAGUAAAUGAUGCGGCUAUUAACAAUAGCCCAAAGUAG